AUGGGAAGCACAAUUUCAAAAGUCAACCAUGGCUUAAAAGCCUCUCUUCUGCCUUCGGAAAAGACCCGAAGAGGACGCACUAGUCCUACCGUAGGCUGCAUUGAUUCUCAAAAGCCUCUUAAUGCCAAACCAUCAGGACGCCACAAACCCAAAGACAAGAAAUCGAUCUCUGUCAAAAGAAGAAAGCCGAGAUACAAGAAAGUAACCAAGAGCAUGGUUGGUAGACCAUCGAAUUUCAAGCACAUUGGACAUAUGGGAGCAAAAGACACCAAUAUUAAUCCUGUAGAGGCUAAUAUAUUUUCUGCACAAAUGAUGGAUAUUUCUACUCAACUUAAUACCCCUAUACGGCCAAGACAAAUAAAACCUAAAAACAACAACAACAACAACAAGAAGAGUUUACCUCGGGCAGCCAAUGAUUACUACCAGUACAACAUCAUCAGCAGCAGCAGCAGUAGCAGCAACAAUUGUAGAGGCUCAAGAAAGCCAGUAAAUAGUAAUAUCCUAUUACUGGAGCCACCAUCAUUAAGGACCCUUAUGGCCUAA